UCCCCAAUCUCUCCUGCAUCAGCACCAUCACUCGCAUUCGUAGAGCCUCAGGAUCCAGAAGACCAGCUCUGACCUGACUUAAGAGGCUUCAAUCUUCGAGAUGGAGAGCUUGCUGGACAACCCAAUGAAAGCCGUGCUUUAUCUCAAAGAACUCACCACUAUUGUACAAAACCAGCAGAGUCUGAUUCAAACCCAGCGGCAGCGGAUCGACGAGCUCGAGAGGAAGGUUGAGGAUUUGAUCGGCGAGAACCGUCAGCUGAGAGAUCCGCAUCAGCACCAACAUUAUCAUCCGCACCACCAUCACCCAUCCCCGCCUACUAGCAGCCCGCACCCGGCCGUUCACCCUCACCAGCAUUCGGGGAGUCACGGUCAAACCCAGCCGCAGCUGCCGCAACAGCAGCAUCCGUCGAAACAGCCGCAGCCGCAGCCAGCAGCACCCAUUCAUCACCCGCAGCAUCUGCAGCUGGUACCUACAUCUCCACCGACUCUAAAAGCGAGUCAGUCCAGCCCUGAGUCAGCAGACGACGACAAGAAAAGCCCAUCCUGCAAGUCUUUGGUUCCGCAAACGCCAUCGACACUGUGCCGGUCCGUCGGCCUUGCCAGGAAACCAGAGAACCAGACAGUUCUUCACCAGUUUUGUUGUCCUGCUCCAGACGCCCCUGAAUCUGACUCUCAAGCCUGUGUACCCAGUGAAGAGCCACCCUUACCUUCUUCCAUUGCAACACCAUCACCUGUCGCAUCACCAUCACAUGGGGUGACCCCAACCAGUGCCCCACAAUCCGAGGUCCAGGUGGAACAUCAUGUUGCAGAGAGCACCGUGACAUCUAUCAAUGAAGGAGGGGGAGAUGGGGAUCGAGACGGAGGUGAUGCACAAGAGAAAGGGAGUGCAGAGGUGGAAAAGGAAGAGGUGAGGGCAGAAGAGAUAGUACAGGAGGAAGAAAAAACCCAGACACAACCACCACAACCAAUACAGGAGGAGGUGAAGAAGGGGACAGAGGAGCAGGAGAAAGAAACACCAAGUACUGGAAGCACAGGAAGGAGGGCAAGCUUGCAUCACACUGCUUCACCAAUCAGAGUACAGAGGAAUGGAGCAUGCAGCCACUCUACCACCUCCGACUAUGAACUCUCACUCGACCUCAAAAACAAGCAGAUCGAAAUGUUAGAGCACAAAUAUGGGGGUCACCUAAUCUCUCGACGAGCUGCUUGCAAGAUUCAGACUGCCUUUCGCCAGUAUCAGCUUAGCAAAAACUUUGAGAAAAUUCGAAAUUCCCUUCUUGAAAGUCGCUUGCCUCGCCGUAUCUCCCUGCGAAAGGUACGGGUGCAGAAUACAGAGGGUAUCUCAGCUGAACGGGCACUGGCUGAAGGCUGCAAUCUGACAAGCAUUCCCCUUGUCCGCUCCCCAUCUUUGCCAACCACGGUAGGGGGCACUCUCACUGAUCUUGAAGAUUCCUUCAAUGAGCAAGUGCAGUCUCUUGCAAAAUCCAUUGAUGAUGCACUUAGCAAUUGGAGCAUGAAGACCAUGUGUUCACUCCAAGAAGGAGGCACCUACCAGUUUAGCUCAGAGGCUUUUAGUACAGCUGGUGGCAAAUCUGGGUUGGCAGAAACAGUAAAAAAAGGUAGCCCCAUGGACCCUUCCACAUUUCAUAGUGGCACAGGACAAGUAGACAGCUUGGAGAAUGUAGCCCAGAGUGCCAGCAAAUUGAUGAUGGCCUUCCGGGAUGUGACCGUUCAAAUUGACAGCCAGAACUUUCGUAUGUCCUCUUCUGUUAUGGAGUCCUCAACUUCCGUGUCUCUUGGUAAUUGCAUCCAGCAGGGGGCUAUAAUUACUGAGAGCCCACAGCAACCUAAAAUUAAUGAUGUAAAGGAACAACCUCAACAAAGACAACCAUCAACAUUUCUAGAGGAUCCAGUUUCUCCACCACUAGAGCAGGAUGCUGAGGAAGUUCCAGAUGGAGAUUUUCCAGCUCCUCCACCAAGUGAGGAGGUGCUCGGGGAAGAUGUACUACCUCUGGAGCUGGAGAAACAGGAAGUUCCACAACCAACAAUUCCAGCACAGACAGCAAUAACCUCUGAAACCUUGUCUCCACCAGAGGUUGCAGAGACGCCUGUCACACCAAUUGUAGAAGUUCUGGAAGCUAAGCAUAUUGAAUCAGACACAGCAGACAACAGUUCGGAGCAGAUGAGUAGCAGCAGUACAUCAACAUCAGCACAGUCUGCUUCAGAGGUCUCAUCGAAAGAGGCUUUACAGGCCAUGAUUCUUAGCUUGCCCCGAUACCAUUGCGAAAACCCAACCAGUUGCAAAUCUCCAACCCUCUCUACUGACAUCAUGCGGAAACGCUUAUACCGCAUUGGUCUCAAUCUCUUCAACAUAAAUCCAGACAAGGGUCUUCAGUUUCUUAUCUCUCGUGGCUUCAUCCCGGAUACACCUAUAGGUGUUGCACAUUUCCUACUCCAGAGAAAAGGACUGAGCCGACAGAUGAUUGGAGAAUUUCUUGGCAAUAGCAAGAAGCCAUUUAACAGAGAUGUUUUAGACUGUGUGGUGGACGAGAUGGAUUUCUCUGGGAUGGAGCUGGAUGAGGCUUUGAGGAAGUUUCAGGCUCAUAUCCGUGUGCAGGGAGAAGCACAGAAAGUGGAGAGACUGAUAGAGGCAUUCAGUCAGCGCUACUGUAUGUGUAACCCAGACAUUGUGCAGCAGUUCCACAAUCCUGACACCAUCUUCAUCCUUGCAUUUGCCAUCAUACUUCUCAACACAGACAUGUACAGUCCCAACAUCAAACCCGAUCGGAAGAUGCUGCUUGAAGACUUCAUCCGCAAUCUAAGAGGUGUUGACGAUGGGGCAGAUAUUCCACGGGACAUGGUAGUGGGAAUAUAUGAGCGUAUUCAGCUGAGGGAAUUACGAUCCAAUGAAGACCAUGUCACUUAUGUUACCAAAGUGGAGCAAAGCAUUGUGGGAAUGAAAACGGUUUUGUCAGUGCCUCACAGAAGACUGGUGUGCUGUAGUCGGCUGUUUGAAGUGACUGACAUCAACAAAGCCCAGAAGCAAGCGGCUCACCAGAGAGAGGUUUUCCUUUUCAAUGACCUACUUGUGAUUUUGAAAUUGUGUCCAAAAAAAAAGAGUUCAGCUGCAUACACCUUCUGCAAGACCAUGGGACUGCUGGGCAUGCAGUUCCACCUGUUUGAGAACGAAUACUUUCCUCACGCCAUGACGAUUGUGUCUCCGUGUUCAGGCUCAGAAAAGAAGCAGGUGUUGAAUUUCUGUGCUCAAAAUGCAGAGGAGCUGCUCAAGUUCGUAGAGGACCUGAAAGAAUCAAUUGCUGAAGUGUCAGAGAUGGAACAGAUAAGAAUUGAAUGGGAGUUGGAAAAACAACAGGGAGCCAAGACUCACCCCAUCAAGAGCAACGGUACUCAGCUUGAGUUGAGAGGAAGACAAGGUUCUCCUUCAGGUAAACAGGACUUGAACAUAUCACAGAGUGGACUCAAUGCAAUAGAGGUGUCAAUUCACAACAGGCUUCAGACGUUCCAGCUCAAUGCUGCACCGCUGAGCCCUGAGAAUGCUGCCCAUCUCAACCACCAGAGGGAGCCCAUCCAACAGCCACCAUUGCAACGUGCCAGUCCCACAACCUCGUACUCUUACCACCCUGUGGCCCUGACUGAGCUACGACCUGACACCCUCAUCCAGUGCCAGCAAAUUGUCAAGGUCAUCGUCCUAGACAAAGGUGGUCACGGGCACGUGGAGGCAUUCCUUAGCCAGAGUCCCACACAUCACCAGCUCAUCCAGUCUGUUGUUACUACACCAGUGCAUUCACCUGAUGAUGGAGACAGCCAUGGGGGGAAUGAUGGCUCACAACCUCCGUUGCCUCCACCACCGCCACCAUAUAACCAUCCCCACCAGUAUAUACCCCCAGAUCCUCGAAUUUCACUGCAGAGGACCCCAAGUGGCUCUCAUAGCCUAAUGUAGAGUCUAAACCCACAACAAUUAGACACUCUUAUAUGCAUAUAUUUAUGGUUACAGACUUUAUUGACUGCAGAAAUGUGAAAAUACCAUUUUAACUAAUGUAUAUUUUGAAAUGUUGCAUAGUUUUAACAAAUUUCUAUAACUAUGUUUUUGUCUUUCUCUCCACUCUCUGAGAUUAUAUUGUUGAGUACUUGUCAUUGAUAGAUUUUUUGUUUUUGUUUUGUUUUAUUAAAGAAACCAAGCAAAUUUAGUUUGAUUGCUUAAACACUAGCUUUUGUGUGGGAGAUAGUUUUAAAUGUUAAAUACAUUUUUUGCCUUUUAUUAGUUUAUUAAUGUGUCUAUCUAUUUAGUUUGACUGUAAAAAGAUAUAUGUGCCAAACUGAGGACCCCUUUCACAGUGGAUUUUGCACUGUUGAAUGCUUAGGCUAGAACAAAUGUGUGCUUAUAACAGAGAUCAUUUAGAUUCCCACUAGGUACACACAUGUCUUUUUAAAAAAAUAUAUAGGUUUAAGUGCUACCAUAAGCCAAAAACUUCUUCACUUGCUUUCUAUGUCUGAUGUUGUAAUCCUGUAAAAUGUGAUUUACUUCUUUAUCAUCUGUCUUUGUAAAUGCCUUUUAAGUAACCCCUUUAACUGAUAAAAGUAUGUAAAUUAAGAAUGUAGAAUGUUUUAAGAAUCUUUCAAACGACUUCUCAACAUUUCCCAACAUGACUGUCAAAACUAAUAUGAUUUCAACAUUCAUAUUAUGUGCAGCUGGUAUUUUAAAAUAUUUUGAAUACUUAGCAAUCAAUUGAUAUGACAUAUCAUCAUGAGAGCAGCCAUUAGAUGGAGAUGUUGUACCAAACAGCUAUUCAAUGUGUACCUUUGUAUUAGGGUGAAAUGCAGUUAGUUGUCAUCAAAAUCAUAUAUUUGCAUGUGCUGUGUUUUUUUUUUCAAAAUGUUCAAACCAUGAUUCCAACAGAUCACACUGCAAUCUGCUUUGUUUCAUUAGUGCAGCAUUUUUGCACUAAAGUUUCUAAAACAUUUU